CAAAACUUCACCGCCGUCCAGACACAACAAAAUAAAAUGUUAAAUCCUCCCUGUGCAAGCUUUUAUCUAAAAGGCCGAUCCCCGAUCUCAAUUUUGAUGCUGUAGCCCGAUAAUCAUUCAUCCUUUCAUCUCCCUCCCCUUAAGAACAACCACAAUGGCUCGAAUUCCCAUGGGCAAAGUUCUUCUGCGAAACGUCAUCCGUCACACAGAUGCACACAACAAAAUUCAAGAAGAGUCAGAGAUGUGGAAAAUUAGAGAAAAAGAGAAGCAUACACAUGAGAUGAGACUUUUUCAGCGGAGAAAGAAAUCCUCUGAGAGUUUGCCAGGCAAUAGAAUGCGGUGUGAUGGGUACGAUGAAGAGGAUGAGGAGAAAGACAGAAAAGCAAAUGCUGCUGCCCGUAAGCCAUUGACCACUCCACAGGAUGAGCGUGAAACAAGAUACUGGACAAAGAAGCUGUAUGAGUUUGAAGCAAGUGAUCCAAACAGAUGGGGCCACAGUGGCUACAAAGAACUUUAUCCAGAGGAGUUUGAAUCUGAGAGUGACCAAAACGGUAGCAGCGAUGAAUGCAAUGCCAACGGGACAAAAGCCAUAUGUUUGAAGUCUUCAAAAUCGAAUUCGCGAAAACGCAAGCGAUCAAGUAAAUCAAACAAAAAGAAACGCAAAAGGAAAUCCAGCAAAAAGAUGAGGAGGAAGAAACAUUUACGGAGCAGCGAUUCUUCGAGUGACAGUGAAAGCUCAGAGGAGGAGGAUUCUGAUCAGAGGAAAAGGAGGAAAGCGAAGAAGAAGCACCGCAGAAAAACUGCACGAAAGCAGAAAAAGCUUUCAUCCACCUCCUUUGAAAGCGAAAGCAGUUUGUCGCACAGCAGCGAUUCAGACACAACGAGCAAAGAUGAAAGUGAUUCAGGGAAUCAGCUGGAGAAAAGGAAAAAGAAGAGAAAGAAAAAGCAUCACAAAAACAUUCCCAAAGACGAUGGUGAUAAAGAAAUCAAAAAUAGCCGAAAGAAGAGAAAAAACUGGAAAAUAGCACACAAUGAUACUUCAGAUGACAGUGGAGAAGAUGACUUAAAUUAGAUUUGUACCUUGAAAGUCUGUCCUUAAGUUCCUAAGGAACUUACUUGAAUCAUGUAAACUGAGUCAGACUAAGAACAUAAUUUUGGUUUUAUUGACUUGAAAAGUUGUUUAGUGCUAGUUAUGAAUUUACGUUUUAUGCUUCAGAAGAUUGUUGCACAAUGCAGGCUGUACUCCAGAAAGCUCUUUCACUUGAUGUCAGUGAUGUCUACUUUAUGUAAUACUGUUCUUCCACAGUAAAUAAGGCGUGGGAUGAAGAGUUUAGGAGUAGGCCUGUUUGAAGCAGAACCAUGUGACAAGUUGUUCGAGAGCCGCUUGUCUUCUCUUGGUUAUGAAUUCUUCUCUGUACCACGCCAAAAUGCUGGAACGAUUUUGUCAUUGACUUCAGGGUUACCUGUAAUAUAUCAAGCCCUGUACCUGAUUUCAUUUUGCAGAGCUCUUUGGUCAUUUUAAACAAGCAAAGUCCACAAAAUUGCUUAGCACAUAUAAUCUGCAGUCUGCAGUUUUGUCACUGUCAUUUUGCUGGGAACUUGAGUUGUUCGUUCCAGGAAGGCAGAGAGUUUGGCAACCAAAGUGACCUUUUGUUCUGGAUUGUGGAAUCUUUCUGACUUGAGCUGUAUCGAUUGUUAUUUCUCUAAUGCAGGAACAAUUAAACAAUCAAUUUGUUUAAUUUAUGCAAUUAAAUAAAAAUUGCUUUUUGCUUAUGAAGCAAACUUCUGAUGAGUGAGAAAAGGGCAAGGUAAUCUCACUGCUCAUGUAGUGCAUCCGACUGCUGAAGCUUGAAUGGGUUAGCCUGCACAAUAGUGGAAGUCUGCAGUCAGAGAUUUUGAUACUGUCCUGCUGAAUGGCAGGAUUUGCUUUUGAUUGAACCCAGUGCCUACAGCUCUCUCUGCAAUCUAAUGCCUUUGAUCCAUUCAGCAACUAUUUGCUAGAGAACAUUGCAGCAGCUAUGUGCUUCCUGAAGAGCUCCAAACCCAGAUCCCUUGAAAUUUCAAUCGCUCGAUUGACUGAUUUCUGUUUUGGUUACUUAAGGUUAAUUAUCAUUGCAAAAUCUAUAGUUUCUAGAACAGUGAUUAACUCAAAAUGGUCAAAGUAAAGUCACGAAAGCAGAGAUGAUGGACAUUAUUUAAUGUUGGUUUAAUAAAGCACUUUUUUUUCAGUUUUAGUUUCAAACUGGAAGAAUUUUUACUUUUACAGCAUUUGUUUGCCCUUUAGUUUUCUUCCUGGCUUAGGGACACAGUUCAUUGGGUACAUUGCUCACAUGGCCAUUUCUUGUGAUAGCCUAUACAGUAAAGAAUUGCAAACUUUGUAAUAUUGGGAUUUACAUAACUUUAGCCCUAUCAGAUGUUCAGUUAAUGCACACACACACACAUGCACUUUCCAAAUGACAGUUUUGAACAAGAAUCCAUAAAGCUCGGGGAUGCUGAAGCUUAUAGUGACCUUCCCACCUGCUGUAAUGGCUGCAAUCACGAAUGUUGCUCCGAAAAUAAAAAUACUCUGGCCUUUAUAACUUUCCUCAUUAAUUCUUUGAAGACUUAACAAUUUGAGCUUUUUUUAUUUUUGGGUUUUUGUUUAUCCGAGCCUUUUCUUCCCCAUGUUUUUUCUGACUGGCAGAUUCAGUGUUUCAGAAGCACUGGCAGCAAGGCUAGCCAGGUGGUGUCAGUGGGUUGUUUGAAUAUACAACACCUGAAUGGGGUGAUUGUGAUUAAUGAGAAUUGACCUGACCGUUAGUUACAUAUUGAAUAAAACUAGUGUGCCUAUAACUUUGCGCUGUUAGUCUUUAAACGAUCCUGAUUUAUCUUUUGAUUUCUUGGGAAUUAAACGUAUGUCCCAAUGUGGUUGAAUUCCAUCUGGAUUCAAAUUGCUGGAUUUUGGUGGAAAGCAUUUACUUCAAAUGACGAAGGGACUGGACGUAUUCUAAUUAUGAAGUUUUUUUUAAGUUCAUGACAUUUAAUGGGAACUGUUCUUUUAAAUUAAAAGUGGCGACAUCGUUUUUGGCAGGAAGCAGCUAAUUUCUGCGCCAUGUUUGUACAAAUCACAGGCUCUAUGGUAACAGUAUUAACAUUUUGUGCACAGAUAGCAGUAGCUUUUUUUUAUUAUAUCCUCCACCUGCUGAAGCUAUGAACCAAUAAAUAUUUUCUGCAGCAAAACAUUGAUGUAGAUGUUGAAACUUGGGUUCUGGUGAGCCUUCGACAUAAGGGAAUUGAGCCUUAGUUUAAAAGUAUUCACUGCUUUAUGUACAAUUGGUGUAUUUAAGCCCUUGUUCUAUAAAUAGAACGAUUGUGGGUGCUGCUUGUUAAUAUACAAGGUUAACUGUGGAAUAUUCCUGCCAAUAUCUGUUGGUGUUGUCUUUUCCCAUGUUACUAAGUGACAGUUUUUUUUAAACAAUCCAUUUUGUAUUUAACCUUUAGAAUAUUAAAGCAUGAUUUUUGCUUAAUAAACAUUUUAACACUUUGA